UAAUUUUAUGAAUAAUCAUAAAAUUAUAAAAAAUGAUACAUUUAUAAAUGAUGUUAAAAAACAACGUCAAUUAAAUAAUAAUAAUGAUUAUUUAAAUUAUCGUCAGGCAAUGAAUAACCGGAAUAAUCACGUUAAACAACAACAACAACAACAACAACAAUUGAAUGAAGGUCAAAACACAAAUAAACAUAAUCGAAGACAUGUUGCAUUUUUGAAACAAAAUAAUCAAAAUAAUCAUCAUCAUCAUCAUUAUAGAAAAUUUCAAUAUCAUGGUAGUAAUAAUAAUGAUAAUGAUAAUGUUGAUAAUCAAGAAACUAUACAUAGUAAUAUUGUUACAAUUGGAAAUACAAAUAUAACAGCCACUAUGAUAAGUAAUCCAUUUCGAAUUCAAGCAAAUAAUAAUAAUAAUGACAAUGUUGAUUUAAUAUCGAAAGAUACUAUGAUGACUAUAACAACAUUACCAACAUCAUCGAUUAGUUUUGGUGAUGUUAUGGAUAAAAAUAUCGAGAACAACAACAACCACAACAACAACAACAUUAAUGAUAAUCAUCAACAACAUUCCCGUACCAAUCAAUCAAUC